AUGCAAGAACAAAUCCUACAAGACCUGUGGAAAGUCGCCCAGGGGAAAUGGGAGUCCGGUGUCCUCCCAAGCGCAGAGAGCUUAGCUCGCGCGCGGGCUUCUCUUCCCACCACACUACCAGCCACCGGUACAAGCCUUGAAGCUGUUCAGCGGCACAUUCUGGAUGAUAUUGUCCCAGCAUUCAAUGGAGGCAGUAUAAGUCCUAAUUACUACGGCUUCAUCACCGGUGGAACCACCCCCGCUGCACUCUUCGCCGAUAACGUGGUUUCUGCCUACGACCAAAACGUUCAAGUGCAUAUUCCCAAUCACUCCAUUGUCACAGAUGUCGAGUUCAGAGCGCUAGGUCUUCUCGCGGAUCUUUUCAGAUUGGAUCGAUCCGUCUGGCACAAUGGCACCUUCACCACGGGGGCAACUGGAAGCAACAUUCUCGGCUUGGCUUGUGGCCGUGAAUACGUUCUUCGCAAAGCCGCGGAGAAAAAAGGAGUUCAGGUGAACAGUGUGGGGGAGUUUGGCCUAUUCGAAGUAUUGCAUGCUCUAGGACUUUCUGGAAUCCAGGUACUAUCAACAUUGCCUCAUUCAUCGCUGGUGAAAGCGGCUGGUGUGCUGGGCAUUGGCCGUGCCAACGUCCGCAACGUCUGCCGUGCCGACAACCCGCUUCACUUCGAUCUCGAACAGCUGGAGAAGGAAUUAGCAAGAACAGACAAAGUCAGUAUUGUAGCCGUCUCCUCGGGAGAAGUCAACACUGGCCGCUUUGCAACCACGAAGGAGCAUCUACUGCAGAUUCGCCAGUUGUGCGAUAAAUACGGGGCAUGGCUUCAUGCGGACGGUGCGUUCGGGAUUUUCGCUCGCAUCUUGGAUGACGACCCGGAGUUCGCAACGGUUAGGCAAGGAAGUGAAGGCAUUGAUCUAGUAGAUUCGAUUACUGGAGACGGUCAUAAACUCCUCAAUGUGCCCUACGACUGUGGAUUCUUUUUCUGUCGACACCCUGAUCUAGCUGUCAAUGUCUUCCAGAAUGCCAACGCUGCCUAUCUAACGGCAGGGCCCUCGGAUGGGCCAGUGAUUCCAUCCCCCUUGAAUAUUGGCAUGGAGAAUUCUCGCCGUUUUAGGGCCUUGCCAGUUUAUGCAUCUCUGCUCUCCUACGGUAAGGAUGGAUAUAAAGACAUGCUGCAACGCCAAAUCCGCCUUGCCCGAGGGAUUUACGACUGGAUCUAUGAUCACCCGGAAUAUACACCUUUGCCGGUGACUUCCUCCAAGUCAGAUCUGCUCGAUCAGACCUUCAUGAGUGUUUUGUUCCGUGCCACGGAUGACAACUUGAACCGCGAACUGUCAAAGAAGAUCAAUGAUACUUCGAGGAUGUUCGUGUCCGGGACCAGCUGGGACGGCGCUCCCGCUACUCGAAUUGCAAUCUCGAAUUGGAGGGUUGAUGUCGAAAGGGAUCUGAAACUGGUGACCGGAGUUUUGGCCGAGGUGGCUCGGCAAUAG